GAGCAUAAUAUAUCUCUAGGUUUUUAUCCGAUGAAGCGUAAAUGGCAAGUGUUUCGAGAAUAUAGGCUAUAGAAGAUUUAUUACUCAGAUAAGGGAGAAGACUUCAUCCAUAUUACUACUAGUCUACUCAAGCAUUUAUUGAGAUACUUGUACUUGAAAGAUACAUGUAUAUUAUGUUAACUACAUAUUUUAUUUUUACGGAUAUCGCAAUUCCAUCUUCAACGAUUCGGUACUAAACCUAUUGACAGAAUACUACAAGCAAAAAUGGGAAACAAAUCAUGUAAACGCCAAGAUGAUUCAAAGUGUGUUAAUACACGGGAGGAAUCUGUGACCACAGUCACGUUAAGCAGCAAUGGUGAUAUUCGUACUGAAAGUGGUGAAGACAAAUCAAACGACUCUUUGCUUUAUCGAGUAGACGAAUCUCCUCCAUGGUAUACAUCUUCCUUGUUUGGUUUCCAGCAAUUUCUUCUAUGUAUCAGCCUCAUGGUAACGUUUCCUUUGAUCGUUAUGACUGUCAUGUGUGCUGAUAAUUCAGAAGCCGUGACUGAUUACAAAACAUAUAUGAUUGGAACUGUUUUUGUGGUUUCCGGGAUUUCUACCUUCAUUCAAACAACAUUCGGAUUACGACUCCCGCUGAUUGAGAGUUUGACCGCAGCUUAUUUAUCAUCUCAGAUAAGUAUAAUGAGUUCACCCGACCUCAAAUGUCCGGCACAAUUGGACUUGAAUCCAAAUUCUUCUCACAUCGACUUUUCGGUCGAGUUGGGUCAAAAUUCAAGCAAAACAAUUCAUGAUAACCUGAUGAACAAAACAAUAAAUGUAGAUGACGAAUCGAAUUAUUACAGAGACAACGAUGGAAUUAUAAGAAGUAGCAAUGAACUUUGGCUUCUUCGUCUACAUGAAAUACAGGGCGGCAUCAUUUGCGCUUCGUUUCUACAGUUGGCGCUUGGCUUGACUGGUGCCAUGGGAUUCUUACUACGUUUCAUCGGACCGCUCACCAUUGCACCUACCUUGGUUUUGCUUUCGUAUGGUAUAUUUGAAACAGCCCAACAGAUGUCGAGUGAUCAAUGGGGAAUCUCUCUCUUAGUUGUUGCAUUGUUCUUCAUAUUUGCGAUAUGCAUGGAAAAAGUACUAGUACCGAUUCCUAAUUGCGAGUUCAAGAGAAACAAAUUGAAGAUUACGUCAAAAUCGAAAUUGCCUUUAUUUUCCAUGUUCCCGAUACUACUAGCGACGUUGCUGGGUUGGUUUGUAUGCUACGUUAUUACAAUCGCUGGUGGUUUUUCUGAUGAUCCGAACGAUCCAUCAUAUAAUGCUCGCACUGACGGGGCUAAUGCAAUUUUGAGAAGCCCGUGGAUUCGCUUCCCCUACCCGUUCCAGUUUGGCUUUCCAAUAUUUACAGCAAGAAGCAUUCUGGGAAUGAUGGCGGCGGUAUUGCCAGGAAUAUUGGAAUCAAUAGGGGAUUACAAUGCAACUGCUGUUGUUUGUGACGAACCAUCGCCACCGAAACAUGCUGUUAAUCGAGGCGUGUUUAUGGAAGGAAUCUGUAUUCUUUUAUCUGGUCUGUUUGGCACCGGCAACGCUACAACGACUUGGAGUCACAACAUAGUGUUGCUUGGAGUGUCAAAAGUCGCGAGUCGCAGGGUUUUCCAAGUAACUGGAUUGAUAAUGUUUAUUUUUGGACUUUUCACAAAAUUCUUGAGUGUAUUUUCAAGUCUUCCUGUGGUUGUACUGGGUGGAACUGUAUGUGCUACAAUGGGAAUGAUCUUGGCAAUCGGGGUUGAUACUUUGAAACACGUGGAUAUGAGUAAAAACAGGAACUUAUUCAUUUUCGGAUUCAGUAUUUUGUUCGGAGUUGUUCUUCCAAUGUACGCAGUAAAACAUGGAGACAGAGUAGAUGUUGGUAUUGAAGAACUCAAUAACAUUAUUCGCGUGUUGAUUCGCAGUCCCAUGUUCGUCGGAGGCAUUGUUGGAUUUGCGUUAGAUAAUAUUGCACCUGGAACAAGAGAAGAAAGAGGAUUGGUCGGAUUUUAUGCAUCAAAGUCCGGUACUAAAUCAUCCGGACUUGUGUACCAACUUCCUUUUAAAACUGACUGGAAAUGGACAAAGUGGAUCCCAGUUUGCCCCAACUUCUUAAAACCAAGAACAAGAAUAUAAAAUGGACAACAGGCAUUCCUAAAGCAUAAAUUGUGAUAUAAACAAAUUUAGCAGUGCGAUUAAAACAAUGUAUACACAUUUUAAUGGGCGCUCCCGUAGUAUGUGCAUCAAGAUGGCGCACAUCCUGAACAUAGCAUGUGUACCAGGUUAGAGUUCAGGUUGUGCGCCAUCUUGGUGCACAUACUACGGGAGCACCCAUUGGAAUGUGUAUACAUUAUUUUAAUCGCACUGCUAAAUUUGUUGUGAUAGAUUUUUUCGGACCUCCAGAAGUUUGGCGCACAACCUGAACAUAAUAUGUGUAUCAGAUUGGGGUUCAGGUUGUGCGCCAUCUUGGUGGACAUACUUCUGGAGCGCCUUUUUUCAGCAUUGAGUCUACGUUGACAUAGAUAGAGUCUCCAUUUAUUAUUAUUGCAUUAACAAAGAUUUAACUUUGCUUUGUUUGACACUAUUUCAAAAGUAUUACCCUAUUAAGAAUAAAUAUUCUGAAAUUAAAAAGCUUUCAUUUCUUCCCGCAUAGUUUGUUUUCUUCAUUUGAGCAGGCCGUGAUAUAUUUUAAGGGUUAUGCUUCGUAAGGUGAAUGAAAUUAUUACGCUAUAAAUACCAGUUGCUGAAUUCAAAAAAAUAAUCAAUCAAUUUAUAUAUAUGAAGCAUCCCCCACACUUACCGCGAAAGUUUGCGUGUUUCGUUUUUUGAAUCGACAUUGAAAUCCACUUGUUAUAUAUAUAUAAACGUUUUUGUA